AUGAGUACUUGUUACAAAAGCAACUUUUGGAGCAGUUAUGCAGAUAUAGAAAUUGCUAGAAAUGAUCUAGGAAAGACCUACAAGGACUCUUGUAGUAAUGUAAUAAGCCUUGAAAAUGGAAAACCACCUGCCACUGGCUACAAGAGAUACAACCAUUUACUAUUCCCAUGGGUCUAUAUUAAUGAUGUUAAGCAUAAUAAUGAAAGACAAAGGGAGCUUAUAGGUCUAGGAAGUAAAGGCUACAAAGGAGUAACAGUAAUAUAUUGGAGUUAUGAUCACGAUAACCUGCUGCCAUUAUUGGUUGGACUUACCACAGAUAAAAAGAACUAUACAUACUAUGAGAAGUCUGGGUACUAUCUUGGUAAUUCAUGGAAAAGAAUUGGAACUAAGGAAGCGGAACUUCCAAAAAAACUCAAGGAAAUCAGUAGUUCACGAAAGGACGUGAUUUCAAUUAGACUACAUGCAACAACAGGGAAUCUACAAAAAUACGUUCAUACUCCUGAUCUUUUGGCAAUGAUUGUUCUUUCAACAAAUGAUGUUAACGGAGGUAUACCAUUUUAUGUCAAAAAUCUACUUACUCAUUACGUUAGUGCCUCGGUAUAUUUCUGGAAUGAAGACCAAAACAAUGAAAGGCCGUUACUGCUAGAGCUAUACCAUGGAGCAUCAGUAUAUUUUAAGAUUACUCCAGAUGGUAAAAAGUGGAUUAAUGACAAUAUAACUACAUCAAAUAUUAAUAGGGUGCUUGAUAAAGAGAACUGCAGGCGCAACGGAGCUCAUCAAAUUGAUAUCUCGAAAAAUGUCAGUAAUGAUUACAAGUGUCUAAAUCCGGAGUGUAACGUUAACAUUGAAGUGUCGGCUCUUUCCAUUUCAGAUUACUCCAGGUCUGAUCACCAUAUUUCUGGUCGUUCAUCUACCAUUUCCGUAGUAAAAUUUAAAGAUAAUGGUGUUGAACAAACGGGACUCCCAUCUGUUAAGGGUGUACAGUAUAUUACCGUCUUCUUCUACCCCGAUAAAGACGGGAUUCCACUCCUUAUUGAUUACCAAGGAUCUAAUAGUCACAAGUGGUUUAAGAGGACAUCUUCCACUGUGAAUACUUGGCAAAAAGUUCCUGAGAAAGAUAGACCUGAACAUGAUGGUGAUCACAAAAAUAUUUUGAUAAACCUUCUGGAUUCCUAUUCUCCAGAAGUUACCAUAGACAUUCAUAACAUAGGUGUGCAACAGAAAGAAGGGAAGUAUGUUUAUACUGAUCCUGAUAGUGGUCAAGAGAUAACAGUUAUAAGGAAAGAGGUUGAAGAUUUAUACAAAAGUACGGAGUAUCUUCAGUUGAUUCAUGGGACCAGUAAUUAUUAUAGCUUCAAACUAAAGGCAGUUAAACGUGGAAAGGAGAUACUUAAUAAUAUUUCCACUGCUGAAAUAUUUACCUCCGUAACAGUAUACUACCGUAAAGAAGAUGAUUCUCGUAAAUCAACAUGGAUCAAAGAUAUUAAUACAUCUGCUCUUGAAAACAAAGGUAUAAAAACUAAACUUGAUGAUAUUAGGAAGUUACGUUCGUCUGAUGUAAAAGAUAAGUUGCAAAAAGGUUUACCUAAACCAAAACAUAGUCAGUCUCCUCCUCAGAAAUCCAAACCUAGUCCUGAUAAAUCAAAAUCCGAAUCUUCCCACGAAAAUGUAGGUGAAGACGAAGUUUAUUUUGAUAAAUCCACGCCAGUCGGUCCAGCAGUUGGAGGAACCAUAGGAGCAUUGGUAGCUGCAGUGGUCAUUGUCCUGCUAAAACGUCAAAGCUUGGUACUUCGUCUUUUAAAGAGUAGAAUAAACCUCUACAAGGACAAGCCACAGCUGUGUUGGCUGCGGAGGGCUACUACAGUUCCAGCGAUCGAUGUAAUAUACAUAAUGAUGGCAAUAUUGGCUGGGUGGACCACAAAGGACAACACUUCAACGCAGGCUCAUUCUCCAAUCAUAGCGUCAGACUUUCUCUACAAUACUCUCGUGGACAGAAUGUUCCAGGAGUCAUUCUACGAUCGCAGCAUAUUAUCACAGUUGAAGAAGAAGACUGUGCACUUUAUCUCGAAAUUAUACGAUCUGAUGUCACGUGCUCUCAUUGGUAUUAAAACUUCAGGCUCAGAUUCAGUAAUAAUCACGACUUUGUAUCCGCAAUUCAACAUUAGGUUAGUGCAUGUCUACUUUAAUCUUCUUUACAGGCACAGUGACCACUUGAGGUUUCUCGGGUUUCUUCUCUCUUCCACUCAGGCAAGAGCAACGAAAAAGGACAGCUUGCGUUGUCUCAUAUUCAUCAAGAACCCAGGAUUCGAUGGGUUCAUUUGCUAUGGAUACUCUCCUGACGUAAGGGUGGAGUUUCCAGACCUCUGGCCUCUGGUCUUCACCUCGGUAUCACAAGACGAUCCAAACUACAUUUACGAUGUGCUUAACCCGAACAUAUUGCAUAUAAGGGGUAACGAAGUCGACUCUGCCAAGGGAAUUAUUGUUGAGCGACUCAGAAUCGCACUAGAAGCCAAACACGUAAUGGAGGACGAAGAAGAGGAAGAUGAUGAUUAG